AGCACCGCCGCCGUCGCGGGGGACCGGAAGUGGCGUAGAAAGGCCGCGCCGCCCGGCGUCGUGCGCGCCGGUUCUCGCGAGAGCGCGGCGAGGGCGGGGGCGGAGCUAGUCCGUUGGUCGGGCCAGAGGACACGGGCAAGAUGGCGGCGGCUGCGGUGGUACUGCGGCACCUGGCGCCCAUGGGCGCCCGCCUCCCGCCCCGGGGCCGCGCCGCCGGGCGGCUGCUCCAGCAGCGCAGGGGGUUCCGCCUCUCCGCCCCAGCCGCCAUACAGGUGACGGUGCGGGAUGCGCUGAACCAGGCGCUGGAUGAAGAGCUGGAGCGGGACGAACGCGUCUUCCUGCUGGGCGAGGAGGUGGCCCAGUACGAUGGUGCCUACAAGAUCUCCAGGGGGCUCUGGAAGAAGUACGGGGACAAGAGGGUGAUCGACACCCCGAUAUCAGAGAUGGGCUUCACAGGAAUUGCAGUCGGUGCUGCCAUGGCAGGGUUGAGACCAGUGUGUGAAUUCAUGACAUUCAACUUCUCCAUGCAAGCAAUCGAUCAGGUUAUAAACUCUGCUGCCAAGACCUGUUACAUGUCUGCAGGAGCAAUCGCUGUCCCCAUUGUCUUCCGGGGCCCCAAUGGGGCAUCAGCUGGAGUCGCCGCUCAGCACUCGCAGUGCUUCGCUGCUUGGUACGGGCACUGCCCGGGACUGAAGGUUGUUAGUCCGUGGAGCUCGGAAGAUGCCAAAGGCCUGCUGAAAGCAUCAAUCCGGGACGAUAAUCCAGUUGUGAUGCUGGAAAAUGAACUGCUCUAUGGUGUUCCCUUUGAAAUGUCUGAACAGGCACAGUCAAAGGAUUUCGUUGUUCCAAUUGGAAAAGCUAAAAUAGAAAGGCAAGGAACUCAUGUUACAUUAGUGUCACACUCAAGACCUGUCGGACACUGUUUGGAAGCAGCUGCCGUACUUGCCAAAGAAGGUGUAGAGUGUGAGGUUAUAAAUCUGCGUACCAUUCGACCAAUGGAUAUUGAAACAGUGGAAGCCAGCGUUGUGAAGACAAACCAUCUUGUAACUGUAGAAGGAGGCUGGCCACAAUUUGGAGUAGGAGCUGAAAUCUGUGCCAGGAUUAUGGAAGGAUCUGCCUUUAACUACUUGGAUGCUCCAGCUGUGCGUGUUACCGGUGCAGAUGUUCCAAUGCCUUAUGCAAAAAUUUUAGAAGAUAACUGCAUACCUCAAGUGAAGGAUAUAAUAUUUGCAGUGAAGAAGACCUUGAAUAUCUAAGUUGUAAAUACAUGUUUUAAAGUCCUGCUUUACAAAGUAUCAGUUGUCUAUGGCAAGUUGUAUGCAUUACUUCUGUUGUAUAUCUACAUGGGAAUUUUGUACAGUGGGGAAAGUACAGUGACCUCCCAGAAUAUUUAUAUGGGGUUACCCUCUAAGCCACACUUCAUAUAAGCAACAAUGUGGUAAUGCUUGUUUGUUAACAGUACAGGUGGGUUAGUGCUACUGUAGGGUGAGAGAUCCUGUUCUAAAUUCAGAGCGAGGAAAAAAUCCUCCAUUUCUGCUUGGCUUUUAAUUACCAGCGUAGCAGUGUUAAACUGGCUGUAGUGGUGGCUGAUUGAAGAACUCGGUGAGCAAGAGGGGGCCCUGAGUCCAGCCCUGGGAUGCUGUACAGCGCUCCAGGAGCCCGUGGUCACGAGGAUUAUUAAAGGUGAAUAAUCAAACUGGAGUGGGUGAAGCCUUGCUGUUAAGUGCAACUGUCCGCACAAAGUGGCUUUGGAAGCCUGUGACACAGGUGAAGAGAUGGCAUGUGUGUUUGGUUUGAAGAGCAUUCCACUGCAUGCAGGAAAGCUGCACACGAGCUUACAUAAAGAUCCUGAUCUUCUUCAGUAUGUGAUGGGCUGGGAAACGCUACCUAAUUUUUCUUCACUAGCCACCACAUACAGUGAUGAAAACAACACUUGCCAGAUGCUGUGCUUUAUGUUUGGUUGGUUGUUUUCUUACACUCAUCACAUGGGCUAACAAGGGCAUGCACAAACUAUAGCUCUUACAGUGCAAAACAAGAUAUUUUAUUCAGACACACUGAGCCUGGGUCUGAAUUAGCAGUUGUGUAGAUUGUGUUUGAAGAGCUGGGAAACUGCCGCAGCAGCCUUUCGGCAGAUCACCACCUGCCAGGGUUUAGCUAAGGGGCUAAGGACAGGCCAGGAGAGCUCCGCUUGGCUUUUUCAGCAGCGUCUGGGACAGAGCGAAAGCUGCCGGGAGGAGCCUGUACCUCGGGCAGGCUGCCUUUUGACAAAGUGCUGGAGAGGAGAUACUUACCUCUGUAAGCAAGCAGAAGCGCUUGGGUCCUAUUUCAGUCAAGGGCCAGGAAUACCUUUCGGGGUAUUUCCUUUAGUAGAAGUGCUGUUAGGUUCUUAGGAAGUCUGGCUUGCAGGUGAAAUCCUAGCUGAAUAUACCCACCACCACGCUGCUGAAGGAAUUCCAUUAAACAUUUUAAUAAAAAUGACUGGAUAUCACAGGUUACAUGAAACUUUGUACAGACAUUCUCUGCAUAGUAACAAACACUGAUGUACUUGAAUUUAAAAAAUGGAUUAUCUAUAAUCCUUUAAAGUGCAAUUUGUUUAAGGUUUUAAAUCAAGAAGGAUCUUUCAAUAAAGUUUAAGCUGUAGAAUUAA